AACUCGUCGGUCCGGUCCAUCGAGGGGAAGUUGGAUGAGCGGCAUGGCUCCUCCUGGGUCCGCUCGGCUGCUUCAGGCUGGGACUUCGAGGGUCGGGUGUCGACUCGCGGUCGGGGGCCGAGGAAAUCAUUGUACCCUCUGCUCCGGAGAUCCGUGUUGUUCCGCAGAGGACGCUGAGAGAACAAGUGUGCAUUAUCUCCGGAAACAGGCUCGACAGCUGGAAAAUGAACUUGACCUGAAACUAGUUUCUUUCAGUAAACUGUGUACGAGUUACAGUCACAGCAGUGCCCGAGAUGGAAGACGCGACAGGUAUAGCUCUGACACAACACCCCUUUUAAAUGGAUCAAGCCAAGACAGAAUGUUUGAAACAAUGGCAAUUGAGAUUGAACAACUUUUGGCAAGGCUUACAGGAAUAAAUGAUAAAAUGGCAGAAUAUACCAACAGCGCGGGCGUCCCCUCCUUGAAUGCGGCACUGAUGCAUACAUUACAGCGACAUAGAGACAUAUUACAGGAUUAUACACAUGAAUUCCAUAAAACCAAAGCAAACUUUAUGGCGAUACGGGAAAGGGAAAAUCUAAUGGGAUCAGUACGAAAGGAUAUUGAGUCAUAUAAAAGUGGAUCUGGAGUAAACAACAGAAGAACUGAACUAUUUUUGAAAGAACACGAGCACCUUCGAAACUCAGAUCGUCUGAUAGAAGAGACAAUAAGCAUUGCUAUGGCAACAAAAGAAAAUAUGACUUCACAGAGAGGAAUGUUGAAAUCGAUUCAGAGCAAAAUGAACACUUUGGCCAGUAUCCUUUUUGAAAGUUGGAAAGUUGUGGCUCUUACGGGGGCACAAGUCUGUGUGUGCUUUCCUCUCACCCCCCCCCCCCAGCAGGUUGCCGUUGUCAGUGGCAAUGGAGGCCAUCGCUAAUGACGUAAUAUGAGUGUACCCUGCACUCUGACUUUGUGAAAGGGCAUAUUGUUUAGUACCAUUUCUAAAAGAUCCCACACCAAAAGUUUAUUAUUAUUAGAUUGAGAAAAAAUUAUAAAUGUGAAUUUUCAGAUUGUUCACCAAACUAUUUUACUUUUCAAAAGUGCUCAUAUCCGCAUUAGAACUCCACAGUAUAAACUCUUCUUACCUAA